AUGGCUAAAGUGGAAAAAGUAGAUGGCAGAGUUAUGAAGUAUCUUCAAGAUGUUGGGUGUGAAAGGUGGGCUAGAUCUUAUGCAACAAUGAACAUGGGGAGAAUGAUGACUUCGAACAUAGCGGAAUGUAUCAAUAGUUUCCUUAUUGAUGCACGGCAAUUACCUAUUAUAGACUUUCUGGAAGAAGCUAGAAUUCUAUUUGGUACUUGGAAUUGCAAAAAUCGAGAAAUAGCAUCUUAUACAAAGGAAACAUUAAGGAGAAGAAUUGAAGAAAUAUUGAUUAUAAACGCAUCCAAAUGUGCGAAAAUGAAGGUUGUUGCAUCUUCUGAUUAUAUCUUUGUAGUGUAUGAAGGUGGGAUAAGAUACAUUGUUUGUCUUGAGAGGAAAACUUGUUCAUGUGGUAGAUUUUAA